AUGAUGUUGCUUCAUGUGUUAGGCCAAGGAAAAAGAGGUUAUUUGACAUGGAAGAUGGCUCAAGUAGAGGAAGACGGUCUGAGCUUUGAUUCGUGGGGUAUUGAGUACUCCAUUGUUAAAGGAUGGUUAAUAAAAACCAUGGAACCUGAUUUGAUUUAUGAAUUGCGGUGUGAAGCAACUCAUAAUACUCAAGGAGGCCGCGAUAUUACAUCCUACUUUGCUGAGCUCAAGACCGUUUGGUUGAAACGAGAUCGUCGUCGUCCAAUCAACAUCAAGUGCCCUGAUGAUAAGCAACGAAAGGCGGCACAUGAGAAGAAAAAGAAUGGUGGGAGCGGUGUAGCUACUGUCGUCGCCGUCGGGCUAGUCUUCGUCUGGCCGAUCGCUGGUGCUACCGCAGGAUGUUCAGCCAGGGGGAUCAUUGGGUGUGGUACUAAGAAAAUGAGGCUUUACUAUAUGGAUGACAUUGCCCCGGGUCGUGUUCAUCAGGUUCGGGGCGUUGUCAGGGAGAAGCAUAAGAAGAUUUGGUUAUGGCAUCAGCAGUUGGAUCAUGUUUCCUUUGCAAACAGGGGAAUACUAUCAGACAUAUUCUUACCAGAAGGCAAGGUGAAAUAUGCCAUUGUUGAUCAUGUCACCACACACAUAUUGUCUCCUCAAGCUAAAGAAUUUGUGAGUCAGAUGGAAGGAAUUAAAAUUCCUAAUAGAUUGGAAGAAGCGUUUCAAGACCCAAAAUGGGUGGAAGCAAUGAAUGUGGAGAUGAAGGCCUUACAAAAGAAUGGAACAUGGGAGAUAGUUCCACAACCUGAAGGAAAGAAACUUGUUGGAUGUCGAUGGGUGUACACAGUUAAGCACAAAGCUUAUGGCACAAUAGAUAGAUAUAAAGCAUGA